UGGCGGGUCUGUUGGGGGGUUGUCGGUGGAGGCCUCCCGGGGAGGCAGGCAGGCGGCUGCCAUGGAGCUCUGGCGACAGUGUACCCACUGGUUGAUCCAGUGCCGGGUGCUCCCACCCAGCCACAGGGUGACCUGGGAGGGGGCUCAGGUGUGCGAGCUGGCUCAGGCUCUGCGGGAUGGAGUGCUUCUGUGUCAGCUCCUCAACAACCUCUUGCCCCAAGCCAUCAACCUACGAGAGGUUAACCUGCGUCCCCAAAUGUCCCAGUUCCUGUGCCUUAAGAACAUCCGAACCUUCCUGUCCACCUGCUGUGAGAAGUUUGGCCUCAAGAGGAGCGAGCUCUUCGAAGCCUUUGACCUUUUCGAUGUGCAGGAUUUUGGAAAGGUCAUCUAUACCCUGUCUGCACUGUCAUGGACCCAGAUUGCUCAAAACAAAGGCAUCAUGCCUUUCCCCACUGAGGAGGGUACCGUAGGGGAUGAGGACAUCUACAGUGGCCUGUCGGACCAGAUGGAUGACGCUGCGGAGGAGGAUGAGGACCUGUACGACUGUGUGGAGAACGAGGAGGCCGAGGGCGAUGAGAUCUACGAGGACCUCAUGCGCUCCGAGUCCGCGCCCACACCGCCCAAGAUGACAGAAUACGACAAGCGUGUCUGCUGCCUGCGGGAGAUUGUGCAGACCGAGGAGAAGUACACGGACACGCUGGCCUCCAUCCAGCAGCACUUCAUGAAGCCCCUACAACGAUUCCUCAAGCCUCAAGACAUGGAGACCAUCUUUGUGAACAUUGAAGAGCUGCUGUCUGUACACACCCAUUUCUUGAAGGAGAUGAAGGAGGCCUUGGCCACCCCAGCAGCAGCCACCCUUUACCAGGUCUUCAUCAAAUAUAAGGAGAGGUUCUUGGUCUAUGGUCGUUACUGCAGUCAGGUGGAGUCUGCCAGCAAGCACCUGGAUCAAGUGGCCACUGCGCGGGAGGAUGUGCAGAUGAAGCUGGAGGAAUGUUCCCAGAGGGCAAACAAUGGCAGAUUCUCCCUGCGGGACCUGCUGAUGGUCCCCAUGCAGCGUGUACUCAAGUAUCACCUCCUCCUUCAGGAGCUGGUGAGGCAUACGCAGGAUGUGAUGGACAAGGAGAACCUGCGUCUGGCCCUGGACGCUAUGAGGGACCUGGCGCAGUGUGUAAAUGAGGUCAAGAGGGACAACGAGACCUUGAGGCAGAUCACCAAUUUCCAGCUGUCCAUUGAGAAUCUGGACCAGUCUUUGGCCAACUAUGGACGGCCGAAGAUUGAUGGGGAACUCAAGAUCACCUCAGUGGAACGGCGCUCCAAGACCGACAGGUACGCCUUUCUAUUGGACAAAGCCCUGCUCAUCUGCAAGCGCCGGGGAGAUACCUAUGACCUCAAGGCCUCCGUGAACCUGCAUAGCUUCCAAGUUCGGGAUGACUCCUCAGGAGAACGAGACAAUAAGAAGUGGAGCCACAUGUUCCUGCUGCUUGAGGACCAGGGCGCCCAGGGCUACGAGCUGUUCUUCAAGACACGGGAGCUGAAGAAGAAGUGGAUGGAGCAGUUUGAGAUGGCCAUUUCCAACAUCUACCCGGAGAAUGCCACCGCCAAUGGUCACGACUUCCAGAUGUUCUCUUUUGAGGAGACCACGUCCUGCAGGGGUUGCCAGAUGUUACUCAGAGGCACCUUCUACCAGGGCUACCGCUGUCACCGGUGCCGGGCCCCAGCACACAAGGAAUGUCUGGGGAGGGUCCCUCCAUGUGGCCGCCAUGGACAAGAGUUUGCAAGCACCAUGAAGAAGGAUAAAUCACACCGCAGGGAUCAGAACAAGAAAAGACAAGAGCUGGGCCUGCCUAAGAUGGAGGUGUGUCAGGAAUAUUAUGGUCUCCCCCCACCCCCUGGAGCCUUUGGGCCCUUUCUGCGGCUCAGCCCUGGGGACAUCGUGGAGCUCACCAAGGCAGAGGCUGAACAGAACUGGUGGGAGGGCAGAAAUACCUCAAGCAAUGAAGUUGGUUGGUUCCCCUGUAGCAGAGUAAAGCCCUACGUUCAUGGCCCUCCUCAGGACCUGUCUGUGCAUCUCUGGUACGCGGGGCCCAUGGAGCGCGCGGGAGCCGAGAGCAUCCUCACCAACCGCUCCGACGGGACGUUCCUGGUGCGCCAGAGGGUGAAGGACACAGCAGAGUUUGCCGUCAGCAUCAAGUAUAAUGUCGAGGUCAAGCAUAUCAAAAUCAUGACAUCAGAAGGACUUUACCGGAUCACAGAGAAGAAGGCUUUCCGGGGGCUUCCGGAGCUGGUGGAAUUUUACCAGCAGAAUUCCCUGAAGGAUUGCUUCAAGUCACUGGACACGACCUUGCAAUUCCCUUACAAGGAGCCUGAGAGGAGAGCCAUCAGCAAGCCUCCAGCUGGAAGCAUCAAGUAUUUUGGCACUGCCAAAGCCCGCUAUGAUUUCUGUGCCCGGGACCGGUCGGAGCUGUCACUCAAAGAGGGUGACAUCAUCAAGAUCCUCAGCAAGAAGGGACAGCAAGGCUGGUGGCGAGGGGAGAUCUAUGGCCGGGUUGGCUGGUUCCCUUCCAACUAUGUGGAGGAAGAUUAUUCUGAGUACUGCUGAGCCCAGUGCCAUGGGGGCCGACAACUGCAGAGCUGGAGGCCUGGAGCCCAAAAUGGCUGGCAGCGGGGUUCAGGGGUUGUGAGAAGUCCCAGUGGGCAGAGCCUCUGGACAAGCUGCAGACAACUGUGGUCCAGCUGGCAGCAUUCCUGGGCUCAUGCCCGCUAUGGUUAAUUUAUAUUGUCCUGAUUUCCUCAUGGGUCCCCUGAGAAAGAUGGGGCUCGACACAACUGCUUUUAAUAAAAUGAUGACAGUGAGCUCUGGCGUGCCAGGAGGAUCUGAGGGGAGAGAUGGGAGCGGUGCAGAGCGCAGGAAAGGUCCUCUCAGGGCUCCUGCCUCCCAGCAUGGCCACCUUGAAGGAGAUGUGAGAGUCUUGCCUAGCAGGAAAGGGCCCCCUCCCUCCCUCUUUCCCUUCUCCCCCUUCCUCCCUCCCUCCUUCCAUUCCCUCUCCUCCUUCCUCUUCUUUCCUUUCUCUUCCCUUCUUUCUCUGCUAGUCCCUUCCUUGCCUUUCUUUGCCCUACCCUGUCCCGCCCUGCCCUUCUCCUUCCUCUUUUUCCUUUCUCCCUCCUUUCUUUCUCUUUUCUUUGUCAGAGCCUGUGAUUCACCCCAGGGCAGGGUGUACUCUAGGCUGUCACACUAUUGCUGACUAUGCCGCAGCCCUCACUGUGGGUUCUAGGCCAACCAUGCUCUCAGGUCUCUUUUACUUAUAUUGUGACAGGGUUUCUCUGUGUUGUGUUUGAUCUUACUGUGUAGCCCAGGCUGGCCUCACACUCACAGUCUUUCUCCCUUGGCCUCCUUAGUAGCUGGGAUGAUAGGUGUACCACCAGGUCCCAUCAUUUUUGUUCUCCUGUCAGGAGUAUUUUGAGCCUUCCCUUUCAUUCUGCUGCGUGGUGCAAGUGUCAUGUCAUCUCAGUGUCCCAGUAAAUUCUUGUUUUAAAUGUGAAUUCUUUAAUUUAAAUUUAUAUGUAAAUUUUUAUUUCCAUAGGUUAUAGUCUUGUAUCCUCUCAUCCCCAGUCCCCAUGACCCUGAGUCCUCCUCAGGGUCUUUGAUGUUCAUUGUGGGGUAAUUAGGGCCUCUUUUAGUUUCUGGGGGGAGGGACUGUGCAUCAGGGUAUUGCUGCCUGCCCUGUGGCUCUUACAAUCUUUCCACCUCCUCUUCUGCAACAAUCCCUGAGCCUUGGGUGUGUUAGCAAACUGUUUUUAGUGUUGAG